AUGGGUAAGAAAAAGAACUUAAUAAUCCCAGAAAUCACGAUAUCGACAGCUACAGAGCUUGUGCCAUUCAUUACACACGAAACAAGCUUAAAAUCAAACCAGGACCCCACUUUUAACUCUUUUUCAUUUGAUGACCUAUAGAAAUUUCCCAUAGAUGGCGCUGUUUGCCCUUGAUUUGCCCACUGGGGAAAUUUUUUGGUUCGACCAGCCCCAUAUGGUUUGGUCAAACCAAAAAAUUUUUUCUCAUGGGCAAAUCAAGGGCAAACAGCGCCAUCUAUGGGAAAUUUCUAUAGCUGACAGCACUCUUACAGAAAGAUGAAGAAACCAUAUUCUGUCCAGGCCAGUUAUGAAAAUCGAUUUAGCUAAAAAAUUACAAAGGGCUGUUAUUAGGGUAAGAGGAGUCUUAUUGUGACUGAAAAUGAUUGAAGAUAUAAAAACUUAUGGGACUAGUGCAUGUCUUUUUGGAGUGGAAGGGACUUAUAAAAAGAAUAUAUCAAAUAUUGUGGAAAAUAAUCAAGUUAAGGUUAAUACUCAGCAUGAAGUUGCAGUAACUAAAGCAAAAAUCAUAUACCCUAAUUCGAAAUUUAAAAAAUUCUGGAAUCCGAUUGUGCUAAUUGGGCUGCUUUAUACGUUUACUUUGAUGCCUUAUUCGAUGGCUUUUGAAAAUGAUCAAGCUAUUAAUGUAUGGACAUGGCUUGACUAUUCGAUAAAUGCAAUUUUUAUUGCUGAUAUUAUUGUAAUUUUGAAUACUGCUUAUUAUGAUAAAGAUGGGGUCUUACUCUCCCACGGCUUGCAGGCAAGUUUUUUUCUUGUUAAAGAGAGGGUUUGUUUUUUUUAAAUCUGAUUUUAAAAUUUUGAUGAGGAUUAAUUUAUAAAUGUAUAUUGUAUAGUUCGCGGGCUCAGCUUAAUUUUACUUACUCCUCCCCUCUUUAAUUGGAACAAAUAUUGGUAAAAAUUAUUUAAAUUGAAGAAAAUUUUUUUCAAUAGGAAAAAUUUAUAGGUAAAUUAAUUUGAGGAAAAUUUAAGUAGAAUUAUUUAAUAAUUUAUAUGAAGAGAAAAUUUUUAUAUAAAAUUUGUUUUUUAAUAACAAUUUAAUCCCAUUUAAAUUGGAAGAGGAUUUUUUGUUCCAAUUUAAAGGUGGAGAGAGCUAGAGAUGCCCUUGAGUUUUUGAGUUAUUUUAAAUGUUUUCAAUUUUUUUGCCAUGAAAAAUAGAUUUGACAAGGAAAAUCACUUUUGUCUGGAAUUUCAAAGAUAUUUGCCAACAACAUAAAUUUAUAAUCGAUUGUGACUAAAGAAUUAACCCUAUGGAAAGUUAAAAAAGGGGACAAUAAAGUAUAAUAUGCAAACUAUCCAAAAUUUAUUAUCUAUAGAUCUCACUAUUAUAAUCACUAAUUAUAACAAUCGAUCUCCUUGAGCUAUAUAUAGAUCGUAAUCUUUUAUACAGCAAAAAUUUAUACUGAAAAAAUUAUUGUUUUCUAUAAAUUUAACAAAAUAUUUGUAUUCAUCCACGGAUUAAAGUAAUAGUUAGUGACUUCAAGAAAAGCUAUUUUUUAUAACUACGCCAAAUCAAUGCUAAUAAUUGAUAUUAUUUCAGUCAUACCAUUUUCUGAAUUAGCUGGAAAUAAAUCAAAUGUUUUUGUAAGAUUUUUAAGACUGAGUAGGAUUACUAAAAUUGUGAGAGCAAGGACUUUAGCCUCUACAGUUAAAUUUAUUACUCAAUCUGAAACAUUAGAAAAUCUUUUGAAGACUCAUCAUGGGAUAUCAAGGCUUGUUAGUGGACUAAUUAUUAUUGGGAUUAUAGCGCAUUUUAUAGCCUGUAUAUGAAUAUACUCAGCAAAGCUUGAUGAUUUUGGUCCUGAUACUUGGAUAGUGAGGUAUGAUUUGCAUAAUUCAGGAAGAGGAAGAGUGUAUUUGACUGCUCUUUAUUGAGCUAUAACCGUUCUAACUACAGUCGGGUUCGGGGAUAUUCAUGCUUUAACUGAAACAGAAAUGUUGAUUUGUAUCAUUUGGAUGCUUUUUGGGGUAGGAUUUUAUUCAUUUAUUGUUGGUACAAUUACAUCUGUGAUGACUUCUUUAGACGAGAAAGCAGCCAAAAUAAAUGGCAAGCUAUUAAAGGUCGACCUAUUUGCUAAAGAUACAAUGAUUCCUAAAGAGCUUGCAGAUAAAAUCAAGAAAACAAUGAAGGACGUUGCUGACUUGUCAGCUCUGGAUGAGUCUGAAAAAACGAAUAUUAUUUUGCAUUUACCGAAAAAACUUCGAUAUGGCAUGGCAAUUGCGAUGUACGACAACGCAAUCAAAACAAUUGAUUUUUUUCGAAACAAAGAUGAGUCUUUUAUAGCAGAUAUUGCAUUGUGGCUCAAAUUUUUAGAAUUAAAUGAGCAUGAUUAUUUAUAUAAGUACAAAGACUAUGCAGAUGAAGUAUAUUUUCUUAUAACGAUGACCCCCCCCCUCAAUCUUCAUGUCUACUGCAAACAAAAAUUUUUCGAAAAAAUCUUCAUACCUACUGCAACACAACAUUUUUUAUAAAAACAAUUAAUGCAUUUUUCUCUAGGUGAGUUUCUCAAAAAAACCAUAAAACAGCGCUGCUGUAGGUGUGUCAAUGACCUUCUCAUCGAGAUUUGGACGGCUAUUGCCAUCGCUCGCCAUUUUAUUAAACUUAUCUAGCUAAAAAGUACGGAAAAAUUUAAGAUGCGCAUCGAAAAUUUGUUGCAAGAGGAUUAGGAUUAUUACAGACAGGCGCUAGCCAUAUUGAUGACGCGGUCAUUAAAGACCUCCCGUACGGAAGGCUCUAUCGCUUUUUUCGGCUCCAGCCCAGAGGAUCUAUCCCUCUUACGAGUGCCCCUUUCGGUACCUUCUGUCUCCUCCUUGCCUUGGGAGUUCAGUCUUGAGUGGGCGGCUUAUGGAUUUCUGCGGCCCUGCUACGGGCGAUUGGAGUAGCUUGAUUCCAAGGAUAGGCUCUUGGAGUCUAUUGGGUGUCAAAGUGCCUUCCUUCGACAGCUACAGGAAAAAGAUUGUUCCCUGUGGCCUGUGCCAAAACCCCCAGUUUCUCGUUAGAGGAAUACCCAUGGGUCCUCGGAUCCAAGGACGUUGUUGAGCACCUCCAUUUCCAACCACAGGAAAGCAGCCAAAACCUACCCGGAUACACACUUCUUGAGCCUGCAUCUGAUUCUCGGCUUGGAGUCCGUCCCAGUUCGCCGUAGCCAUAAGGUCUGGAUUGCUGCGCCAAGAGGGCAGGCUGGCACGUGUCUCCAUUUUAAUGCAUAUAAUUUGUUGCAAGAGACAUGAAAAUUAUUAUUUUUUUUAUAUAAAUUUUAUAUUAAAAAAUUGCAUUUUUGUUGCAAUAGACAUGAAGAUUGAGGGAGGUGUCAUCGUUAGAAGGAAGAAUCGGCUACGUCUAUGGCACUAACAAUUUUGUGUUCAAAAAUAUGAUAAAAGGGUCAUAUUUCGGUGAAAUCGAAAUAAUUGACAAAAUCCCUAGAAAAUUCACAGUUAUGGCUACUGAAAAAUGUUCAUUAUUUGUCAUGAAAAAACAAAUUUUUGAUACUAUGAUGAUGGAAUAUCCAAGUGUAGCCUCAUCAGUUAAAAGUGUGGCAGAAGAAAGGAAAAGGAGAAACACAAAAGCGAUGAACGAAAUAAUUGACUUGAUGGAAAUUGUCGAGCUUAAGAAAGAGUUUACUUUUGAUAAGAUUGCAGGCAUGAAAAAAAGUGAAAAAGCGCAUAAAAGAUCGAGAAGCUGUACACAAAGCUCAGCAGCCACUUCGAAUGCUAUGGAUAUGAGCUUGAGAAGGUCUUAUUCUCCUUCUGCACUAAAAAAACAGAUUCAGAGCAAAAGUUUGGCAUUGAAGGCACAGACUUUGGUAAGGGUUACGUAGGCAUUGAGGGAAAAAGCAAUGAUUGUGGAUGAAAAAAUAGAGAGAUUGAUAAAAGCGCUGGAAAAUGAAAACAGGCCUAUAUCUAUUAUGAGAAAAAACAGUAAAAGCCCAACAUCACAAAGACCAAAAGCUAGAAAUUCACCUUCAGCAAGUAAUAUUGCAAGUAUAGAUAAUAAUAACAAUUAUAGCAACGAGGAAUCAAAAAGAAGCAGACUACCCCCUAUACAUAAAAAACGAAAUUCUAUAAAAAAGCUUAUAUCUACCGAAUAA